AUGGCUCAGUACGACGAGAUUGUUGCAAAAGUUAUCUCACUUCCCGUCCAUGCAACAAAGUAUCUUAGCCCAAAAAUUCAAAAUGAGUUAAUAGAACUUCUAGCAAAAACAGUCACAUUUUCUUUGGUUCACAAGAUCAAUGCUUCGCCAUUUUGUGCUCUCAUUUUAGAUUCUACUAGGGAUAUAACUAGAAUUGAUCAAUUAAGCGUUAUAAUACGGCGGGUCCAGAUAGACGGGGACAAGUGCAGUAUUGAAGAAAACUUCUUGGGUUUUGUAAAAUUAGAUGAUGCAAUGGCAAAUGGAAUAGUAUCAACCACAAAGGCGUUUCUGCAAAGUCUUGGUAUUAACUUUUCAAAAAUACAUGGACAAGGGUAUGAUGGCGCAAGCGUAAUGAGUGGUAUUCAUGCUGGCAUGCAAGUAUUAACACGGUUGUCUUUAACAUCUACUAAUAUAGCAAAAAGAGAAGAUGCAAAACAAUUGAAAAACAAAAUAGAUAAACUCGAAUUUGUUAUAUUUAUCGUUAUGUGGGAGAGUUUUGCAAAUGAUCAACAGCGCUUCAAAAGAGUUGCAGUCGUAAAAGAUUGA